AUGGCGGCUCGUGUCCUUUUCCUCUGUGUCAGACGCUUGUCCUUCACACCGCUGCCCUGGGCUCCUACGCUGGCCGCGAUCCGGCCGCUCAGUACUGUCCUGUGCCCCGCAGGAAUGCGGACGAGGCCUGUGGCUCCGCAGCCGGUCUCAGUACUUGCUCAGGUUCCAGGUAAAGUUACACACUUGUGCCGCCAAUAUAGUGAAGCGCCCCCUUUGACGUUAGAGGGAAUUAAGGACCGUGUUCUUUACGUGUUGAAACUCUAUGAUAAGAUUGAUCCAGAAAAGCUCUCAGUCAAUUCCCAUUUUAUGAAAGACCUGGGCUUAGACAGUUUGGACCAAGUGGAGAUUAUCAUGGCCAUGGAGGACGAAUUUGGGUUUCAAAUUCAUGAUAUAGAUGCAGAAAAGUUAAUGUGUCCACAAGAAAUUGUAGAUUACACUGCAGAUAAGAAGGACGUAUAUGAAUAAAAUAUCAGACCAACUUUCUUCACUGAAAGAAGACUCAGAUGAUACUGACAAGUGUCUGAAGUGAGAAUGCAUUUUGCCAUCAUUGCUGACUUUGACAGAAUAAUUCUGUUGGAUUUCUAUUUAAAGUGUCUACGUGUUUUGCC